AUGGAUAUGGAUAUAGAUGAAUCUAUUCUAUCUAGUUUUAAAGCUAUUGGUAUGAUAGAUCAAAAUGACUUUUUAAAGAUGCAUAAUAUAUCAAAAGAGACAGGUAUAAGUGCAGCUGUUCUAGCUGUGGAAUGGGAUAUCUAUGCUAACGAGAAGAAGUUGAACGACCCACAGUCGUUUUGCGAGCACAUUGGUAAAUUUAGAACUGUCGUCAAAAAGAAAGCAACACAAUUAAAGAAAUCAUCGGCAUCUGCAGCCGCUGCGCAACCAGCUGCAUCCAAAUCAUCAGCAAAAUCAGCAACAGCAACAACAGCAACAACAAAAUCAACAACAGCAGCAACAACAACAGUAUCAUCAACAACAAAACCAACAGCUGCUUCAGUUGUUUCACAAACAAAAACAACUAAUGAUUUUGAAUUUGAUUUUGGUGAUGAUAAUAAUGAUACAAGCAACAAUAACAAUGAUGUCGACUUAAGUGAUUUCGAUUUGAAAGGUAUACCUUCGCUUCUACCAGUAAAGAAGAGUGUUAUCAACUUUAAUUAUGCAGCGAGAAAAGAGUCUUCAAAGAUCGUAUCAACUUAUAAUAAGGAGUUGGUGAUUGACAUGAGAUCGAUGGCACCGAGCAUCAAUCUCAGAGUGAUCGAUGACAUCCAACAGUCACUCAAUUCAAUGAAAUACAUGUCCGAUACAAUCGUAAACAGAAGCAAUCAGUUGGUAUUGGAUAGCACUCAAUCACUUAAAUCAAUGGUGUUUGUUGAUACUGAUGGUAAGGAGUUGAUUGAUUCAAAGCCAACAGCAACAACAACAACAACAACCGCAACAUCAACAUCGUCAAAUUCAUUGGAAACAGUUCGAAUCGCUGGUAGAGUAUGGCCAUGUGAUAACGGUUUGCUCUCCAAUCGAUUCCAACUGCUUGGACACACUCAAAAGGGUAUCGAUUCCUUUAAAUUCCAAAAAGAGACUGCUUUGUUCAGUGGACAACUGGUAACCGUUGAAGGAGAGAAUAUUCCAGGUUCAAAUUUCGGUUGUUCUUCCGUUUACUAUCCAAAACAAUUGGAUUUCUACAAGAGUGAAUCGUUAGAAAACCAAGAGAAAUCCGUUCAUAUUAUGUUUGCCAGUGGACCAUUCUCAUUGCAUCACUGUUUCGAUUACACUCCAUUGGAUGACUUUUUAAAGUUGGUAGAAAAGAAUCAAGCUAAUCUUGUAAUACUUUUUGGACCAUUUAUUGAUGAAGGACAUGACAUGGCUCAAUUCCAGAACGAUGAAAGUUUGCUUGAUACUCUCUUUGCCAAACUCGGUGCACUAAGCGCCACCCAAUUCAUUGUGGUUCCAUCGAUUCACGAUAUCAAUAGUGAAUACAUUUUCCCACAACCACCAUUACCAUCUUCAAGAAAAUAUAAUAAUGUCCAAUUUGUAUCGAAUCCAUCUACUUUGUUGGUUAAUAAUUCAUUUACAAUUGGUUUGAAUAAUACAGAUAUUGUUGGUGAUAUUCAAAGAAAAACAUCAAGAUUCAAUUUAAAUAACAAAGAUAUAUGUAAAAUGAUUAUUCAACAACAAAACUAUUAUCCAUUGCAUCCAUCAGAGAUACCAAUUGAAAUGGCCAAUUGGAAUUUGAUGAAAUUCCCUGGUUUCACACCAAAUUUAAUGUUAUUUGGUUCUAAAACUCAUUUUACAGAGAAUGUAAAUGAUGUAUUGUGUAUUAGUUCUGGUUCACUAGUAAGGUUUAAUACCUUUAGUGAUGAACAAAAUGUCAUAGAACAAUCCUACAAUAACAAUGCUCCAGAUGAGUGUUUAAUUAUGAUUUCUAUCAUUCUUUCUUAA